GUCACUGUAGUUUGGGGGGGAAGAAGUCAGAGAAGGUAGAUAUUAAUGGUGUCUUCUUCGCGAUUCAGAUUCUCCUCCUUCCGAAUCCUACCUCCCCUCCCAAACAAACCGCCAUUUCUUCAGGCAGAGGAGCCUAGCUGGUUUCCCUUGCUCACCGUGCUCCGUUCGUAGCGCUACUGCGAUCUCAGCUCCCGACGAAAUCCUCAAGCGCCUUCUCGCCCUACCUUCCAUGGAUGCGCCGACGCCGCCGACCGAAGAGCUACUGCGGAAGAUUCAAGAACUGGAGGCCGGGCAAGCUGAGCUCCAGCAUGAGAUGGUGAAGCUGCUCAAGCUCUCUUCCGAUCCGAAAUCCGAGGAUCUGUUUCUCCACCAGCACGAACAGCACCACCACCACCAUUAUCACCACCACCCUCCGCCUCGCUCUCAGUCCGUCUCGCCUCAGCGUCGUCAAGGGACUGGACGGAGCUUCGAGGCGGCUCCGGCUGCUGUGGAGAAGAAGACCUCUCCGCCGCCGUUUAGGCAUUCGUCUUCGUCGCAGCGGAAUUCUCGCCGUCCGAGAAGCGGUUCCAGUAAUGACCGCGGGGGAAGGAGUGCUGGUCCGUCGGCUUUGAAGUUUAGCGAUAAGCAGUAUUUGAACAUCUUGCAGUCUCUGGGGCAGUCCGUUCAUAUUUUUGACCUCUCCGGCAGUCUUAUCUACUGGAAUCGAGGUGCUGAAAACUUGUAUGGUUAUUCUGCAGCGGAGGUUCUUGGUCGCAACCUUAUUGAGCUCCUUGUAGAUCCCAGGGAUUCAACGAUCGCGCAGAGUGUUAUUGAUCGUGUGUUCCAGGGUGAGAGCUGGACAGGACAGUUCCCAGUGAAGACCAAGAGCGGCGAUAGGUUUACAGUUGUGGCGACCGAUACACCUUUCUACGAUGACGACGGUACUUUGAUUGGGCUUAUAUGCGUCUCUGCAGAUUCACGGCCGUUUCACGAUGCCGGGGUUGAUUUCUCUGGUCCCGUUGAUAGGGAAGCAGUUUCGGAUUUCUCUAACCGUGGUAUUAGAAGUAGCAGCAGUUUCACUAGUCUCACAGCUAAGCUUGGUUUGGAUUCUCAGCAGCCUCUGCAAGCAGCAUUCAAGUCCAAGAUAUCUAACUUGGCAACCAAAGUGAGCAACAAGAUGAAGUCUAAGAUUAGAACUGGAGAGAACAGUGUCGAUCAUCGUGAAGGCGGUAGUGGAGAUAGUCACCAUUCCGACCAUGGUUUGGGGGAUAUUGCAGCAGAGCAUAGGGAUGAUGCAAACUCCAGCGGUGCUAGUACGCCUAGGGCAAGCUCACCGAGGAGAGAUUUUCAUCCACCUCCUUCUGUCGUCUCACCUCCUGGCGAUGAGAGUGAAGGGAAGCCUGCAAUCCACAAGAUCAUCACUUCGAAAGCUGAAGAGUGGAUGGGUAAAAAGGGGUUGCCAUGGCCGUGGAAAGGGAAUGAGAGGGAAGUUUCUGAGGCAAGAACUACCAAGUUCGUUUGGCCUUGGUUGCAGAAUGAUCAAGAGGGUGAAAUGAAUUAUUCCUCUUCUGGGUCGUGGUCAUCCUCUGCAAAUGUUCAUAGCACGAGCAGCAGCAGUUGUGGUAGCACGAGCAGCACUGUGAAUAGGUUAGAUGUGGAGACUGAUAGCUUGGAUUAUGACAUAUUGUGGGAAGACUUGACAAUUGGAGAACAAAUUGGACAAGGUUCUUGUGGGACUGUAUAUCAUGCCCUGUGGUAUGGAUCAGAUGUUGCGGUUAAGGUAUUCUCCAAGCAAGAGUAUUCUGACGACGUGAUACUGUCAUUUAGACAAGAGGUGUCCCUUAUGAAAAGACUCCGCCAUCCAAAUGUGCUGCUCUUUAUGGGUGCGGUGACCUCACCUCAGCGUCUCUGUAUCGUUACAGAGUUCCUACCCCGAGGAAGUUUGUUUCAGUUACUCCAACGAAACACAACAAAACUAGAGUGGAGACGGAGAGUGCAGAUGGCAUUGGAUAUUGCACGGGGUAUGAAUUAUCUUCAUCAUUUCAACCCUCCUAUUGUUCAUCGUGACUUGAAGUCUUCAAAUCUUCUGGUUGAUAGAAACUGGACGGUAAAGGUUGGUGAUUUCGGGCUGUCGCGUCUAAAACAUGAAACAUUUUUGACAACCAAGUCUGGGAAGGGCACGCCUCAAUGGAUGGCACCAGAAGUUCUCCGCAAUGAACGUUCGGAUGAGAAGUCUGACAUCUACAGCUUUGGAGUAGUACUGUGGGAACUUGCGACGGAGAAGAUUCCUUGGCAUAAUCUCAACUCAAUGCAGGUAAUUGGUGCUGUGGGCUUCAUGAACCAACGGUUAGAAAUACCAAAAGACCUCGAUCCGCGCUGGGCCUCUGUAAUUGAGAGCUGCUGGCUCAGUGACCCAGCCAGCCGCCCGACGUUCCAAGAACUCCUGGAUAAGCUGAGAGACCUUCAGAGACAGUACAACAUUCAGCUCCAGGCUGCCCGUUCUACUACAGCUGCAGCUGGCGAGCAUAUCACACUCACCUCCCACAAGGGAAGCUAGCAAAUCCCACUCAGAACAGACAGACGGAACUUCGCGAAGGUCGCGAGACUCUUCAUUCGGAAGAUCCACCCCUGAUUUGAUUGCUCCAAACCGUGUGGGUCUGUAGUGCAACGCAGCGACAGACACAAACAAGAAGCUUGUUUCGCUGUUGCUGACGGUAGAAAGCAGGGCAGAGAAGCAGAGGUAGUAGAAGACCGUAUUUGAUUGGAAGCCAUGUGAGAUGCCGAGGGAGAGGGUUACAUUUCCUGGUGGUGGGCUGAGUUGUGUGUUUUGUACAUGUUUCUCGGACGCCAUCUUUAAGGGAUGGGAAUGCUGGUAGUCUUAGUGGUGUUCUUUUUUGUCGUAGUGGGGGGUGAUAUUUUUCAUGCACUAGCAGGGAUUCCUUGGUGCAGAUUCAAAAAGAUAAAACGACAAUGGAAGGGGAGAAAAAACAAGUUAUCAGUGAUCAAGCAGAGCAUAGUGGCGGGAUGUAAUUGUAAUGUGAAGGAAAGAAAAAUUGUCGUGCUUUUUGUCUGUCUCUGCAUUUGUCUGUUCUGUUGAUGGAUUAUCAAUGGCGUCGACAUCAUUACCAACUCUUAAAGUAUAGUGGUCCUGCGAAGCAGUAAUACAGGGAUUGUUUUGUUUUGUUUCUGUAGCGUGCUGAGGUGUGGAUUCGAAUCGAGCAUAUUGUGCAAAUCAUACGAUAGAUUGCAGCAUUUUGGCAAUGUAUCUGCAGUUAAAACUGUGCAUUCUUUUUGCUGGGAGGUGCUGUAUAAACUAGGUGUGACAUG